GGACUCAGGACGUUCGAACCACUAUCAUCUAUCUCCCCCUCGAGUGAGUGAGCGAGUGGCCGACAUCGCGGAGAGUACCCGACGGAAACCUUUAAAAAAAAAACCUCAGCAUGGGCGUCCAGGUCGAAUCAGUCGCACCAGGAAACGGUGUUACUUUUCCAAAGCGUGGUCAGACUGUAGUAGUCCAUUAUACAGGAACUCUCACCGAUGGAACGAAAUUCGACUCUUCUCGUGAUCGUGGCAGACCAUUCAAGUUCCGCAUUGGUGAGGGCGAAGUAAUUCGCGGAUGGGACGAAGGCGUGGCACAGAUGUCUGUGGGGCAGAAAGCAAAGCUGACCUGCUCUCCUGAUUAUGGCUAUGGAGAGAAAGGCUUUCCUGGUGUAAUCCCUCCGAAUGCCACUCUAAUUUUUGACGUGGAGCUCUUGAAUGUGGAAGCAUAAAAGAACUGACCAUGCUGCCAUUUUUUGAGUAUGGGAAGGUAGUGUAGAAUUCUCAAGGUGUACUUGUGGGCUUCUAUUUAUAAAUUUUACUCUUGAUUUUAGUUUGGAUCAUUUGGUGUUAUUCAUGCUUGGUCAUUUUGAUAUCGUUUUACUGAAUUAUCCCAAAACACAUUUGGAAGAGCUUCAAGAAAAAAUUUAACAGUAAAUUAUGAUGUAUAAUUUAAUAAGAAUAAUCAAAACAUAAUUUAAGAUUAUAUUCAUUUCGUAUUUUUAACCUGACGAAAGGUUCCAAAAAGUCUUACCCGUGUCCCCAGGUAAAGGAAGAUUUUAUUGCCUAUCCCAUUAACCAACAUGAGCACCAUGGACAUUGCGGUAAUUACUCAGGAUGUUGUAGAGUUUGGCAAAUUUUGUACACAAUAUCAAGAUGAUAAUAUAAGUUCUGUUAUUGCUGAUAAUAUUGUUGUUAAUUGUGUGGUUACGACUUAUUUAUUCAGUGGAAUAUCAUUGCAGUUUUAAAAUACAUUAACUAGUGACCUCAUGUUGUUUUAUGAGCUAUGCCAAAAGUCUCAAAACUCACAAAAAAAAAAAUAUUUACAAUAGUUACUUAAAUGGAAACGUCAUAGACUAAAUCAUGUACUUCAAAGCGAUGCAUAGCAUUGAUACAUGUAUUUGUCUGCCAAAAUGUAAUUGACUUGUUUUGAAGUCAGGCACCCAUUACGUACUCAAUUCUGUGGCUUUAAUGUAUGCCAUUUCAAAAUACUGUAGGGUAUAUGUUACAUUUUUUAGUGGUUCACGUUAUACCUGUACUUCCAUGUCAUGAGUAUACCCUGUGAUACCUGAACUAUUGUGUGCUGCAAUUUUUUGCACAGCUGCUUUCUUAGCAAGUCCUGCCAAAUUCAGCAUAGAAUAGGUCAUGUAUACCAUAUGUGCAAAUCUUAGCCACGAUAAGCUAAUGUCUGUGUGCCACAUUCGCCUAGGGAAAUGUGUUGCUCAGAGCUUUUAGCUUUCAUUGUGUAGGUACCACAUUGCAUCUUGCACAUUGGAAGUGUCCACUGGAAUUACUGUACACUACUGCCUAUGUACAUCAGUUUGUGUGUGCCUCAUCCUGUGUAUGCCAGAUCUUGUAGUUUACAGGUACAUGUACCAGCUAACAUUAUCUGCUGUCAUAGACUAGAUUAAAUAUUUUUAGCUUUUCCUCUCAAGCAAUAGAUCGGGUAUAAGUCUGAAAUCCAGUAUUAUGACUACUGUCCCUUGUCUCUUAAUAUUACUGGUGCAGAGAUGAUAAAGAAAAACAUUCCCCUGUAAUUUUUUUCUCCCCCACAAGUGAGAAGUGAUACAAAGAUAAAGUUGCUUGUUUAGGUGUGGAAUCUCUUGUUUUGGUUUGCUAAACAGCAGAACUGCCAGUGCUAAAGCCAUUGCCAGAAACCAGUGUUUUAGCUGUUGCCAGUUUGCCUCAUCUUGAUUGCUCAUUUUUGUAACCCAUUGGCAGAAUGACUCCCAAAACUCAACACGGAUUAAAUGUAACUAACUAAAAGUUUCAACAGAAGCGCACAGCCAAUUCUGUGCGCUGCUGAAAGACGAUGAUGGUGACUAGGCCUUGGUAUGUGAUUUCUGUAAUCAUUGCCCUCCCAAUUCUUCUUCCAGACUAAGGACAGUACUUUGUACCUUUUUUUAAUUCUUUUGUAACUUCUCAGUACAAGGUUUUUCUGGUCAAAUAAAAUAUGCAUAAA